CUCAAAGUGACACUCGCGAAAUUAUUUAAAAUUUGUAGGUUUGGAAAAUUCUUUUUGUUGUCGAAUGUAGACAAGAGAGAAGAUAGUCAAAGGUCAUUGGGUCAAUUGAUGUGACGGCAUUUUCGAAUUUUUUAUCAGUUCACCUGUUUUUCUUCAUUUAGAAGAGGAUGACACGUGCCAACUUGAUUCUCCCUUUGUCAUUACUAAUAUGCCUAUUGGUUGGAAGAACUAUGGGAUCAUUUGGGCAUGGACACCAUCAUCACAAGGCUUAUUCUUUUGCACAUUUUCAUGGUCCUGUCCAUGGUCAUCAUCACAAAAUUACUUGGGUAGAUAAACAUGGACAUCAUCAUCACGAUUAUGUUGCAUCGCCUCAUUAUAAAUUCUCAUAUGGUGUCAAAGAUCAUCAUACCAAAGAUUUUCAUGGCCAUAAGGAACACCAUGAUGGACAUCACGUACAUGGAGAAUAUACUGUUCAUGAACCUGGUGGUAAUGUUCGAACUGUAAAAUACCAUGUGGAUAAAUAUGGUUUCCAUCCCAUUGUACACAAUAGUAAUGGAAUAGAACAUCAUUAUUGAGAAAAAAAUAUUCUCAAUCAAUAUAAAAUUUCCAUCACUGUUUUUGUUAUCAAUUGAAAAAAUACAAUAUUGUUAC